AUGAAUAUCCCAAGCCAUAUUGUCAUCCUUCACAAGGGCAUCCAAGAUGAUGACAGCGACUCCGUCAUUACAUUCAACGAUGGUGAAGUUUCUCGGUUCGAUAGCCUCAUGGCCAACAACGUAAGUCACUGCAUCAAAUACCCAAGGUUCAACCAGAGCCCGCAGCCUGCGCCAAUCAUGGAGCAGCAGGAACAGGUUUGCAACUCCGGCCCCCGACGCAUUGCGAGACGAAGAUGCAGCGUGCGACUGCCAAAGAAGUUCCUGUUUCAUCAUAUUGAGUCAGCUACAGAGUCCGAUGGAGAAACCGAGCCUGAAGAGCCCGCCAGCGUUGCCGAGGUGCAACAGGCGAUCAAGAUCGUCGAUAGCGAUCUGCACACUCCUAGUUUGGAUACUUCUUGCUUCAACCUUGACAGUGGCAGUGGAUCAUCUGAGCUUCAGGCUUACGCAAAAGAGGAAAUAUGGGGUGAAUCAGAUGCCCGCAUCGGUCAAGAAGAGAAACGAGUUUCCUCCUCGUUUGCCCCAUUGCCUCCUCGACGAAAGGAGAGCUUUCAUGUGUCCGCCAUUGAAGACUUCAUUGAAGAUCUCUUGUCCCAAAGCAAUGCAAGCACUGGCAUCAAGUCCUUUGAAGACGAAGGGGACCUCACGAAUGUGCUUCUCCCCUGCCGAGACGAUCUCCAAGAAGAGGAAAAUCUCCGUCGUCGCCGUAGCCAGGUCAUGCCGCCAAGGCUCCCCAAACGAAAGGGAAGCACAACUGGAAUUGACAACAGCUUGCUACCCUUGCCGUCGUGCAAUCCUCGUACUCCGAGCAGAGUCGAACGUUUCUCUCGCAACGCAGAGGCCCUGUCGACGUCGCUGCACCGCCAGCAGCCCGCACGCAAAGUGGUUCUCCACAUGUCAAACUCAAGGAGUGCCUAG